AUGAUCAUCAACCACAACCAUCAUCAUGGUAGCAUAAUAUCAACAGCAAAGCAAAGCAAAGCAAAAAGAAAGACAUUAAAUUGUAUUAUCAAUCAAUUCACUACUUGCAUAUUUGCAAAUGGAUCAACAUCAUUCCUUGACGAAAAGGAUAAGAUCAGCAUAUCUGGAUUUUCUUCGGGUGGCUUUUUCGCCGUCCAAUUUCACAUGGCCUUUUCAUCGAUUAUUAAAGGUGCUGCCAUCAUUGCUGCUGGUCCUUAUUAUUGCGGACAAGGAAAUGCAGAUAUAGCAGUUGAACAAUGUAUGAAUAAUGCUUCAUUAAUUUCAAUACCAAAAUUAUUAAAUUAUACUGAGCAUGCUGAACGUACCUUUGCAAUUGAUUCAACUGACAAUCUUGCACGUCAAAGAGUAUACCUAUUCUCUGGUAAAUAUGAUUCAAGUAUUCGUCCAGGUACCGUCCAUAAAUUAGAGGAAUAUUAUUCAAAGUUUGUACCAUUUUGGUCAAUCAAGAGUGUCUACAAUGUACCUGCAGAACACUCGAUUGUAACUAAAACCUAUGGUAACAAUUGUACUUAUUUCGGGUGGCCAUGGAUCAAUCAAUGUGGUUAUGAUACAACUUUUAAUUUAUUAUCACAUUUGUAUGGCUUCUUAUUCCCUGCUUCAAAUACUCCUUCUUUAGCUUCAAAUAUUGUUGAAUUUAAUCAAACUGCAUUCUUACCAAUUGGUACUACAAAUGAAUUUGCUGGAUUAGACCAAAGUGCAUUUGCAUAUGUUCCACAAUCAUGUAGAUUAUUAAAAAACAAAGGAAGAUGUUCAUUACAUGUAGCAUUUCAUGGAUGCACCCAAUCAGUAUCAUUUGUUAAUAGUACAUAUUAUAUGAAUAUUGGAUACAAUCAAGUUGCCGACAAUAAUAACUUGAUUAUUCUUUAUCCACAAGCUCUUGCAAACGCUUUGAAUCCAAAUGGAUAUUUUGAAAUGUUCUAA